GUCCAUGGAGGAUAGAUGACAAAAAAUAGAAGAUUUUAAGUUUUGAACAGGUUAAGGGAGGAAAGGAGGGGGAAACAAGCUUAGUAGCAUUGUCUUAUAACAAAGAAUCUUGUAGGAUAGCCCUUACACAAUAUAUUGUGUUAGAUGAGUUACCAUUUAGACAUGUUCAGGGCGAGGGCUUCGAAAAAUUUAUGAAAACUCUUCAACCUAGGUUUGUGAUCCCUUCUCGGAUGACUGUUGCUAGGGAUGUUUUGAAGUUAUAUGAAGAAGAGAAGGUGACAUUGAAAAAUGUUUUGAGCAAUGAGAGGCUAUCUAUUACUACAGACACAUGGACUUCCAUCCAAAACAUGAAUUACAUGGUCAUCACAGCUCAUUGGAUUGAUAAUAAUUGAGCAUACCAAAAAAGAAUUAUUACAUUUUUCCAAGUGAUAGAUCAUAAAGGGGAAACUAUUGGCAAAGAGAUCGAGUGAUGUCUGAAUGAUUGGGGUAUAUCUAAGUUGUUUACCAUUACGGUAGACAAUGCUUCCUCUAAUGAUGUUGCCAUUAUGUACUUGAAAAGGAAGUUCAGAGAGAGAGAAAUGACUUAUUUUGGAAGGAAAGUUCUUACAUAUGAGUUGUUGUGCUCAUUUAGUAAACUUAAUUGUCAGUGAAGGAUUGAAGGAAAAACAUGAGUCCAUUGCUACAAUUAGAAAUGUUGUGAGAUAUGUUAGGUCCUCCCCUUCUAGGCUUAUAAUGUUUAAUGAAUUUGUGAAAGAGGAAGGGGUCGAAUUCAAGAGACUUCUCUAUUUAGAUGUCCAAACAAGGUGGAAAUCGACAUUCCUCAUGCUUAAUUGUGCACUCAAAUUUCAAAAGGCAUUUGAAAGAAUGGAAGGUGAUGGAAAUUAUUCAAAAUAUUUUAAUGAGGCUGACAAAGAUGGGAAGCCAAAGGAGGGACCACCAUCUGAAAAACAUUGGCAGGAUGCGUUAGUUUUUGUGAGAUUUCUUGAGACAUUUUAUGAUGUAACAUUGAAGUUUAGUGGGUCCACAUAAAUCACCGCCAAUAAGUACUUCAUUGAAAUAUAUAACAUGCAACAAGAGUUGAAUGACUUAACACUUGAUGAUGAGGAGGAUGAGGAGGAUGAGUGGUUGUGUUGCAUGGCAAAGAAUAUGAAGCAGAAAUAUGACAAGUAUUGGGGAAAGCUUGAUGAAUGUAAUGAGGCACUUCUGAUUGCCUUGGUUCUUGACUCCAGAUACAAGCUUGAUUAUCUCCAUCAUUGCUUUGGUGAUAUUCAUGAUGAUGUAACAUGCACUAUGAUGGUUAAAUGGGUGGAGCAAACAAUACGGGCAAUGUUUGAUCAAUAUCAUGAGUCAAUUGAUACACAUGUUGAUCAAUCAAUGACUCAGUCUCAAGCUAUUGUUUCUGGUUCGUCCUCAUAUGCCAUGUCUACUCAGCCUACCACCAGUAGUACCAGUAACAAGAGUAAGAGGUCACGUAACUUGCAUGAUGAGUAUGUGGCGCGAAAAAUGGAGAAGGAGGGUGGAAAGAAAAAAAUGAGGUCGAUAAGUCCUUGGAAGAGGCAGUUGAGCUACCAAGUCAGAAUUUUGAUGUUUUGGGUUGGUGGGCGAGUAGUGGAUGCAAAUACAAGAUCUUGUCGAUCAUGGCUCGUGAUCUGUUAGCUAUACCAGUUACCACAGUUGCUUUUGAGGCGGCAUUUUCAACUGGGGGUCGAAUUUUGGAUACUUUUAGGAGUUCACUGAGCCCAAGGAUGGUUGAAGCAUUAAUUUGUCUCAAGAAUGGGUGGAGCGAUUCACAUCAACCUAUCAUCGUUCGAGACUACAUGGAUGAAGCAGAAGUGCUUCAAACCUCUGAUGAUCUUGAGUCUGAGAUGAUGACCAAUGCUAGCGUUCCCUCUAUUCAUGCUCCAUCUUCAGUUUCAGCCUCAGCAGCCUCAUCGUCUGCACAACAAUCCGGGAAUUGAAGUUUGUUUGGGAAUUAUGGUUGUAUUUUUUGGACUUUAUGAACCAAAUUUUUUAGUGUUUACUAUUUAGUAUUUAGUAUUUACUAUUUGGACAUUUGUACCUAUUUUGGACUUUGGACUUUAUGACUUCUUUUAUUUUCCUAUGUUUGUAUUUUGAAUUUGAACUUUUGAUGGACAUUAGUUAGGGAAGAGACUUUAUGAAGUUUCUAACUUUCUAUAAAUUGUGUUGAAACUUGAAAUUAUGUUUGGCAUGAUGGAAAUGUGGUAUGAAAAUUAUAUUUGUUUUUAUACAUUAUGUUCAAAUUAAGUUUCUAAAACAACAUGACAAACGUAAAAAAAAUUACAAGACAAAAGUAAAAAAAAAAACUCAAAAAAUGACAUUUUUGAAAGAAAAAAACUAUCAAAGCCCAUUGAAGGCCCAAACCCGAAAAUAGACCAUUUGACACCCAAACCCGAGCCCACCCGAAACCCGAAAAUGCUUUAAAUUCGAAUUUGUUUCGAAUGGGUUCGGUACCAUAUUUUUACACCCGAACCCGA